AUGGACGGCUCCACGAAUGGCCAUAACACGGUCGGCGUGGAGGCUCGACCUGGGGAACAAACCAACGGAGGUAGCACAACCUUGCUACCCCGAAUUCACGAAGCUCUCGAGCUUGUCCACAGCCCAUACUCAUCGAAUGAAUCACGCCGGCAAGCUUCGCUGUUCCUGGAAGAAGUCAAAGCGAAUGACGAGGCUCCUUACCAUGGCUUCACACUGGCAUCCGACAAGAGCCAGCAGCCAGUGGUACGCCACUAUGCUCUCUCCCUCCUCGAGCACGGCAUAAGACAUAAAUGGGGGGAAUACUCGGAGGUACAAGCGACGGCGCUACGGGAAUGGGUUCUUCAGCUGUCACAGAGCAUCGUGCCGGACGACCCUCUCUAUCUACGAAAUAAGACCGCACAACUAUGGGUUGAAAUUGCAAAGAGGAGCUGGGGCGCAGAGUGGAAUGAUAUGGAUGAACUCCUUGUACGGCUGUGGGAGCUGCCUGGCUCUAUAGUGCAUAAAGAAUUUGUGCUUUUUGUCCUUGAAACACUGUCGGAUGAAGUUUUCAAUGGAGAAGAUACCGUUGCUAUCCUACGAGAAGGUGCACUAAGCAAAGCCUGUGUGGAAAUAUUUACACCAGCGACCGUACUUGCUGAGGCCUUCCCAAAUCGCCAAAUCGGAACAAGUGUUAGAUAUGGAGAUGAAGGGGCAGAUACGUCUCAAAAUGUCCAGUACCAAACAUGUGCUGUGAAGACGCUGGCUGUUUACAAAUCUGUCAUGCCAUGGGCGGUACCUCGAGCAAUAGCUAGCGCAUCGUGUGUGCAGCAUAUGUGCGCAAGUCUUGCAGCUUCCAGCGUGCCCGUGCAGCUAGCAUCAGUCGAGGCGCUUCAUGCUUUGUAUUCCCGUUUGCAUUUCUCGGAUGAGGAAUUCUUAGCUCUUGUGUGCCCAAUGUACACAAGUCAAAUUGUCAACCUUCUUCGAAAUUUGUUCGAAUGGUCCGUGGUUGACCCUCACGAUAUAGACGAUGAGAAAUACCUUUUUGCUAAAAAGUUCUCUGAGAUGGUGUCGAAUCUUGGCAGCUUUAUAGAACAGAAGAUCUCAGUUAUACCCGAAAACUGUGAUCUGCCUAAUCUGUUGAAUCUUUUCCUUGCUAUCACCCAAAGUCAAAGUUUUGUCAUCUCGAUACCCGUCCUCGUUACUUGGACAAGAUUGUUACGUUCUGAUACUAUUGGCCGAUCUCAGACCAUUAAUCCCUUAAUUGCCCCUCUCCUUGAACUGUGCAAUUCACGACUCAUACGCUAUGAAAAUAUGCCAGAAGAUUCAGACGAUCCCUCCUUGGUUUUUUUGCUUGAAGACAUUGAUACAAUACCUGAACGACACGCUUUUCUUGGAAAUUAUCGACGUUUUUCAGUACAAAUCAUUGAGCUUAUAGUUCGCCAAAAGCAGUCCGAAGCAUUCUACCAUAUUCUAACCCAGGUUGACCAAGCAAUGCAGCAUCUAUAUGAUGGCCAGCCUCCAUUUUCCGUCGAAACGUAUUCGAAGAAUUCGAUACCGAUCUUGAGGGUCGAUGCCCAGUUCACCGUGAUUGAGGCGGCACUGAAAGGAUAUAUGAAAUGGCGAGCAUCGCAUGGCUCGGAACCUCAGCAAGACGAACAGGAACGCAUAACUAUGGAACUGAACCUCGAAGCUUGGUGUGAACGGUUACUGGAAAGUAACUUCGAGGAUCCAAUGAUACGGAAGAGAAUCCUCCAACUUGCUGUUGCAUUCUCGACAACGGCUCUAGACAAGAAAGUGGAUUUUAUGCUCAAGGUUCUUCAGCAUAUCCUCAUGAGCAGGCCUGUUGAACAUCCAGAGCAUGCUGCUUAUUCAGAUGCUGUGAAAGAGUUGCAAGCGGACGGCAUGUAUGAAUUGCAUCGAUUAGCUACCAAGAUGCCAGAUCAACUAUUAGAUGUCUACCCCCAGCUGGAAGCAAAAGUCAACGAGACUAUUGCCUCGGGCACAAUUGAUGCGAAGCGUCAAGUUUCUUACCAGACCUUUCUCUUCACGAUCAUUCAUCGCUCCACGAAAAUUGAUGUAGACAGCCAGCUACAGAAACUACGGGAUUUCAUAAACCCGGUCCAACAGCUUUGGCAGAAUCCUCAAAUGGGUGAAGCCAUUUCAUCUUUUGGUGGGUUCUGCGAACUUCUGGGGCUGGGUAAAGUCAGCGACUAUCUCGUAUCUCGACGCGUUCACGAAAUACAGGAUUGGGGAUUAUAUCAGCUUGAUGCAGAGGGACAGGCUAUUCAGAAGGAUCUGGAUGAACGAGUGAAGGCCUUGCCAUUGAGGACUACCAAAUCUUUCUUUGGGUGCACGACGGAAAAGAUCGAGAAGGAUACUCCCGCAUACGAAGUAACACGCGUUUUAUGGCGUGAUGCGCUGCCCCUGAUACUUCCAAAUUUACUAAAAUUUCUAAGCCACGCACAUGCGUUUCACAAUCCGGCAAAUUGGACUGGGCUUCCCACGGAUAUGCGAUCAACUGUCAGUCGCAUCUUAACAGACCGGUUUUGGCAAGCUGGCAUAUCCGUAGGCAGCAAGGACGAUUUUUAUGCCCGUGUCAGUAGCACUAAAUCUACAAUGGAGGGAUUUGCUUCGUCGAUUCGUGGCGCUGUCCGCACUGUUCGGGAAGCUUGCUAUUCGAUUCUCUGGUGCAUGAGCAGAUUGGAUGUUGACUUCUAUGGUUUCAACGAGCUUCCUGGGCCACUUGCACACGCGCUCUUUGCAGAUGCCCAUUGCCUAUCAUCUCAUCAGCUUAUUGCGCUUCUCAAUGUCGUCCGGUUAAUAGUCGAUGACUGUCCUGUCGAGCUUCGGAGCCAUUUUGUGCCCCCAAUAUUGGCAAGCUGCUUUGCUCAGAUGGACACCAAAUGUAGCACAGAGUGGGAAAAGCUGGCUCAUAAGCAAGUAGCUCCGACAGAAGGCGAGGAUUUGACCGACGAGAUGAAGGAGGAAAGCAUUUUACGCCAGUUGACCCACGCUGCUGUAAUGAUGAUUGGCGGAUUUCUCGAUCCAGCAAGACCAAAUGUCCCAAGCGGCCCUGUAACGGCCAAAGAUGCGUCCAGCUAUGCACCUGGGAACAAUCCCUCUGCGUAUCCAUCCAUGCGGAAAUUCUGUCUGACCUCCUCCAUCAUUCUUGAGCCACUGCUUCUUUUCUGCACCCAUGCAAUCCGUAUGCGAGAUGGUCGUUGCUGCGGCGUGGUCUUGCGAGUGCUUCGCUCCAUGGUUCCCGAUUUCGCAUCCGACCAAAACCCCCUAUCUCCCUCUAUCCGCGAGUUUAUUAGCACGGACGUCCUCAAAGCUUGUAUUUCCUCUCUCAACGAGCCAUACUUCGUUGACCUACAUAAGGAUCUUGCUCAGCUCAUAGCGUCGAUUCUCAUCUACUACUCGCCCCUUACAAACACCCCCAGACAAAUACUAUUAAGCUUGCCGGGUAUUGAAGAGAAGGCAGUGGAUAAGUGCAUUGACUACAUCAUGCGCCAGGGAAUGCAACAACGCCAGCAACGAGCUUUGGUGUUGGAUCUCUUACGCGAUCUAAAAGGGGUAAGCAUAAGUGAACAAGGUCGUAUUACGAAGCCAGCAUCUGUGGUACGAAAGGAGCGCAGCAAGAUGCAACAAGAGUUCAUGAAAGAACAGCCGGAGAAGAGGCGACCAAGUCCUAGUCUCGAAGGUGUUGCUGGAAUGUUUAAUGAGCAAUAAGCCGAUGUCCCCUUGGGCAGUUGCCCUGUUCCGUUCCGGAGCACUUUGCAGUGUGCUGAGAUCCCGAGGAUAUGGAUGACGGAUGAGAUGGCCUAAUGGAAAAGUUCUUUUUUUCCUUUGCCUUUUCUUUUGCUUGCCGCCAGUAUUGCGGUGGGGUCCUGGGGAAGGCGUUGUUGAUCAGAAUGGAGCGCUCUUCAUAUAAAGCGCACCAACGGCCAAGGUUGUGAGCUAGGGGUAACAGUAGACAAAGUUAGCAUAGCAUCAAUGCAAAGAAGAGAUCAGUAGACGGUCUUAAUUUGAGAUCGCGC